UCUGCUGCUGCUCUGCUCUGCUCGCCGUGCCGGGAGGAGCGAAGGUGCUGCGGGGAGUUUGCGGAGGUGAAAGCGUUAAGGAAAGCCGGCUAUGGGGGCGACGUGAGCAGAGGAGAAGUCGGGAACUUUGGAACAUUUCUGACACACAGUCUCCUCCUCCCACCCACCCCCCAAGGAUGGGGCCGCCAAGGGGCCGCCGCGCCAAGGAGGAAUCCGAGAGUUCCUCUUCCACAGGGUAAAGCAUGAGAAGCUGUGACGAUGCCGGAUGCUGAGCUUCACUGUCUCCCAGCAGGGAUGGCUGCUAUGGGUCUCUCCUUCGCCUGGAGUCUGCUCCUGCCUUCGUUGCUCCAGGCGUUCACUCUCCCCACUCCGGACAGCCCUGCCUGGAACGCUUCUUUGAGUUCUGCCCCAGAGCUGCCUUCCCUGAACGGUUCUUCCCAAGAUCCUCUCCCACCAUCUGUGCCCCAUGCAGAUCCCAAUGCCCAUGAAGUCUCUAGCGGUGAUAGGGUGCUGAGAGCUGAGAACUGGGGAGGUGCCAAUCCCACUAUCUAUCCUGGCCCCCCAGAUCUCACAUUGCCCUUUGACUUCCCUGCCGUGAAGAGUUCUGGCUCAGUGGCACCGACAAAUGCUUCGGGAAGAAGGCUGGUGCCCCAAGGAGGUGAUUCCCCUUUGCCAACAGUGGGCCCUUCUAGUAUUCAAAAAGAGUCGGAUGAUAUUGGCCAUGAAACUGUGGAACCAAUACUAGAGAAGAAUGGGAGCUCUCUCCCUUUGCCUGGCAUCGAGAUGGCAAGUGUAGCCAGCACUGGUGUUGCCUCAUUCCCAGCCUCUUCCAAAGAACUUGCUUUCAGCUUAACAGCCUCCAGAGAGGAAACCACAGAUAGCCACCUCCAAGCAGUAUUCAAAGAUGUCGCCAUGGCAACCACAUUAAGCCCCAGGCCUACAGUAUCUACCAUCCCCUUGAUGACGUUACCUCCCGAUGUGCCCCACAUAAAGUGGAUGGCAACUGAGAGCACUGAUCCUAGGGGCAACGAUUCCACAGGGCAGGAAUUGCUCGGCAGGAAUCAAACCACAGUGAAGUACCUGGCUUCAUACAGGAGCACACAGGUCCAUGGUGGCCCUCAGGGCAGGGAAAACCUCUCUACCACUCCAUUUAUACCCACACCAGCAACUUGGUACACCCAGAGUCCAUUAGGGCCACAAAGUGGCACCAUGGACAUAGCUUCCACUUCCCAGACAACACAGUUAAUCAGUAUGGCUGUCCCACUGGAUAGGGAGGGCUCAGAAGGCUCUCAACACUCGGCCCCAGAGGAUAAUUUCCUCAGCCCUUCAACCUCUCCACCACCAGAAGGCAUGACAGGGACCCAGGGGCCAGUUGUCCAUGAAAGAAUUACCCACUGGGGCCUAAUCAUUGAUACCACUCAGCAGCCACGAACUCAGGAUACAGCAGGGACAGAGCAGACUCACUCCCAUGGCAACUCCACAAAGCCGGCUUUUUCCAGCUUUACCACCCCAGGAACUGGGGAAUUGGUUUAUAUUGACCCACAACGAGUCCGGGGGGCUGUGAUCCCAAGGAUUCCUGCUGGCUCCACAACUCCUGGGCAAGGCACUUUUGUGGCGGGGAAGGGCCCAGACAACAGACACCCAGAUCCAGCUGGGACCCGUCUUCCUGGGCAGAGCUUUGCUGCGCUAGCCACCCCUUCGCCCCGCCUUCCGACGACUCCUCGGCGUGGCCUGAUCCGGGUCACCACUCAAAGAGCCCUGCAGUACCCACAGCUGGCCAGGCCAAAGCCCAGCCUGCCAGCCUUGCAGCCUGCCUCCAGCCCACCCUGCCCACGCCCCGGCAGCGCUUGCAGUCAGUUGCUGUCCAACCAGACCUUGCUGCGGUGGAAGGACCUCGAGCGGACCCUGAGCUUUGCCUGGGCCCUGCACGUCUACGGCUCCGGGGUGCUCUUUCUCCUGCUUAGCCUGCUGAGCUUGGCCUGCCUGGUGGGCUCUCUGGCCAUGCAUGUGCCCCAUCUCCUGUAUGUUGUGAGUGCCAGUGCCCUGCUGCUGGCAUUUGGGGUACUGCGUGCCACAUUCUUUCUGGUGGACCCUUAUGGCUCCCGAGGCUGGCUCCCGUCCCCAGCCGUGCGAGUGCUGUACACGUCCCCCUUCCCCCUGCUGUUGAGUGCAUUUGCGGUGCUCCUGCUCCGUCUUCUCCACCAGGCCCGCCUGCAAGUCCUGCCCCCCAAGCUGCAAAGCCUGCUCUUCUUGGCUGCCCUGGGGUCCGCGCAAAGCAUCCUCCUCCUGGGGGCUGACCUGCUCACGCCUCCAAUGCACCCACCUGUGGCGGUGGGGCUCCACGUGCUUUCCUGCGCUGCUGGCUUCUGCCUCUUGCCCGUCACCAUGUUUGUGUACUGGCGGUUACGGCACAAUGCAGAGACCAACGGCACCCCCGAGCCGGGAGUGUGGAGCGGCGCAUGGGUGCUUCUGGGAAGUGGUGGGUUGGCGCUUCCCUGCUGCGGGUUGCAGCUAUACGGAGUGCUGUGGCUCUCGGGGAUGCUGGGCCCACGCAACGUCUUCACCUGGGGCUGGUGGUUUGUGCAGUUCUGGUUCCGGAUCGGCGAGCUGGUCCUCUCUUUCACCCUGGUCUGCUUGUCCUGGCAGGCCCUUUGCCAGCGGUGCGGGAGCACCGAGCACUCCUGCUGGACCAAGCUCAUGCGCUACUUUUGUACCUACCGCAAGGCCGACGUGCCCGAGUACCCCAACAACUGUUACGACUGGACUGGAGGGGUCCUGGAGAAAGUCCCCAACAACGAUAUCAGCAAGAGCUUGAUCUGGAACCCACCUGCUAGUGGGCGCCUCUGGGCACUGAAGGACAGCAACGAAUUGCGGGCAACGGCCGGCCAAGGUUCCAGCCCCUCCCCGGUACACCCCGUCUACAGCCCCAAGUGCCUCAAUGCAGCAGCUGCCACCAUGGGCCGCUCCUACACCAGCAUCUGCUUUGAACGGGAUUCUGUGCUCUCCCUGGCUGAGCUGGAGUUCCGGCCUCCCUCGCCCAUCAACCUGAGCCGCAGCAUCGACGAAGCCCUCUUCCGGGAGCAUUUGGUGCGCGAUUCCAUUUUCCUGCGCUCCAGCCUCCACUUCCCUUCCCGCUUGGCACGCCAAGACUCCUGCUCUUCACUGCGGGGGGAGUGCUCAACCCUCUCCCACACGGCACAGCCUCUCCUGGGCCAGCCACGCCGGAGAAGCGACCCGGACUGCCUGUACAGCUUAGCGCGGGCCAGCUCGAUGGGCGAGCUCACCACCCAGAGCCGGGGCCUGGCCAGCGAGCCCCCGACAGACACCUCUUUCGACAGCUUCUCCCGCACCUCCUUCUCCCGUGCCUCCCUCAAGAUCAGCUGGAACCCCUGGCGCCAUGGCCUGUCCUCACCGGAAAGCCUGCCCCCAGAGGAGCUGCCCUGUCAGGCCCAGCUCCUGCCAGAGGACCUCCCUCUGGCUCCGUCCAGCAGUGCGCCAAACUCCGAGGGCGAGGCCCGGAGGAGCUUCUUGGCUCUCAGCAAGCAGGUGGAUUCCCGCAGCCUCUCUAGUGACACCAUUGAACUGUGAGACUCGGCAGUGGGGUUCACCUUCCUUUCAUGCCCUGGAGGCACCAGCAUGACUGUGCAGGAAGGGAGGACAGCGACAAAGCUGGUUUGUUUCAACGGCUGGAGCCUAGAAGAAUCCCCUUUCCUUUUGACAAGCCAGGGGGGCUGCCCCAACCAAGCCUCAUUCCAGCAUUUUACAAAAUGGCUCCUGAUGUGGCACUGGAUUCUUCCUGUAGUAUCAGCUACGUCCCCUGUCCAGUCCCCCAACCUUGUGUCAGCCACCUACAUAGGACCCGUGAGCUACUGUGACCAAUCUGUUUAGUGCCUGCAAGUCCAAGCAUCUCUCCCCAAAUUUCUAUAUAGACACCGUUGUGUCCUGAAUCUGGUAUACUGUAAAGAAAGAGGAACAGAAAUCGAGAAACCCUCCAGUGGCCAUGUGGAUUCUGGGGAGGGAGAAGAAAGGAUGGCCUGGCAGAAGUUUGUCUGCAACUCCACCUCCAGUCCCCAUAGGCCCACCCUGCAGUCACUCUUUGUGCUCAUGGAGCCCAUGUAGUAUCCUAAAUAGAUCCCUUCAGAGAGGAGGCUGAGAAAGGGGCAGAGGAAGGCUUGCUGGGAACCGCCAGCAUAGUGGCUUGUACACAUGGCAGCAGUGGUGGCAGGGGAGGCGGGAUGUUUGGUCGCUCAGAGGCAGAGCGCACGCUUUGCAUGCCAGAAGCCACAGGUUCAGUUCUCAGUAUUCCCGGACUAGAGGAUCUCAGGUCAGCAGGGCUGGGGGAGGGGGGAGCUCUGCCUGAGACUUUGGGAAACUCAUGCGAGGUGGGCCGAAAGGACCUGAUUCUUUAUGAGGCAGCUUUCACACGACUCUGUAUGACGGUGGUUUGUACUGCAAAUCAGCUUUGCACUUCAAAAUUCCUAGCCCAGCAUGUAGUGAUUUAUUCAGGUGCUGGGAAAAUUUCAUGUUUCAUUGACUGUUUUUCGGUUUCUAGGUCUCAUGGGGGCAGAGGAAAAUCUGAAUCCAUGGCAGCUAGUUUAUUGUCUGUUAUCCAAAACAGAGAAGGCAUAUACCUACCCUACCCUACUCCUUUCACCAGUUCCUGCAGUAUACUUACAGGUGCCAGGAGGGGGGGCUUCUUAGGUCUUCAGAGCCCCCUUUUCUUUCUUUAGGCUAAUCCUAUUUGAGGAGGGGUUGGGCUAAAUGGCCUGCCUGGCUCCUUCCAAUACGAAGGUUCUAUGAUUCAGUUCUAUGAUUCUACUUCCCUCUGCUCCUGUUCCAUACGUAUGCAUUCUAGCACCCCAUUCAGUGUAUCUUAGGUUACCUCCUUCUUUUGUCCCUUGAUUUUAAAAUCUGCAAAUAAAUGCCCACUCCAUCAGUAAAUAACAUCCAUACAAAUGAUUUGUGUCAUGUUCCAGUAGCUGAAAUAUGGCCUUGGUUCCAGAAGUUUUGCCAGAAAUUACUUGAAGUCAGCCCAGCCAAGUGUCGAGUGUGUAUGUAUGGAACUAGUGCUGGAUGGAGUGUACAUCAAAGAGAGUGUGUGGCUUUUGUCAGACUAGGGCUCCCAGUAAAAGCACAAGUUGUACUUGCCUGAUAUCUGUCUGUCCCCUGCAGUGGUGGGGGAGGGAAAGGGUAGAGCUGCCUAGAACUGUGGAAUGUCAUGUGGUCCAUUGUGCCAAAAUGAAAUAAAACCUGUCAAAGGAUAUCA